GAGAAUCAAGGACUGCCAGCUAUCUACCAAGAUGACCGUAAAAUUGUGGUCCUGUCUCAGAUCCUUCAACUCACUGAACCAUCUCAACAUCUCGGACUCCUAUCUCAGUUUCCCUCCAUAUCCUCCUGAGCUUCCAUCCGUCCUAAAGUUAUCGGCCGAGAAAGUGACGUCUCAAAGUUAUAAAGGUGUGAUCUCAUCGCUCCCUCGCUUGAGAGUGAUCGAUAUCACUAUCGAUGAUGCGGAGAGAGACAUACCUCAGAUCAUGGCUGGUCUUCGUCGAAGUUAUACCGGAGGACAGCGGCUCGCGUACAUCAAACUUACAGCACCGUCAUCACUCCCCUUAGAGAAGAAGAGAGUACGAAGUGAGACUUUGAAAAAACUGGGUCUUCUGAUUAGAGAACAAACCAAGAACCUGCAGCGGUUAGAUCUGUUGGGAGUAAAGGGCACAGGCGAGGAAGACUUGGUUAACCUCAUCGAGUCUUGCAGGCUUGUGAAGUCGAUGUCUUUUGUGUUGCUAGAAAGCUGUAGAACUACAGAGGGCGGCCUACUGGAAUUUCAUCUCAAGGAUCUUCAAACGUCAAGCGGCGACCUCUCUGUGUUGGUUUAUCAUGACGAUAAAUUGCAGGAUGAAAAAUCAUACAGCAUUUCUCACAUUGGUUGAGUUCCAGUGAUGACUACGCACUACUGGUCAAGCUGACAUGUACUAUUGCCUUAUGUCUGACAUACAUCUAUGCUGGUUGAAGGACCUCUUACAUUAUUCUUUACAUUAGUUGAGUGGAUUAACAUCACAAUGUUUAAGGAGAUGAUUGUUACGGACACAUUUGUUGUUAAAAAGCAAAGAAAACAGGCAUUCUAUUAUCUUGCCCUCACCGGAGUAAAUCGCUAGAAUAAACACGCUCUUGUUCCCUUUUUAGUUUCCGCUUAUAUUUUCUCCGAGGCCAGGAUAAAAAGGUUUAUUAUGUCUGUUUUCGUUGUAAUCACUUCGUUCGAUAAAUUUAAAUGCCAUGAUUAAUGCAGUUCAGAUUAUAUUACACUCGUAUUUACAAAAUAAACGAACCAGAAAUUGUGCGUUGUUUAUAUUGAACUACGCUGAUAUUCUCUACUCAAUAUCGAUUAGAAUUGUUCAAUAAUUGUUACAGGUUUUCAAAUUCAUGAAA